AUGCUGCUAGAAAACACUAAUGACAAAAAUUUGGACUACAAUGGUUAUACUAAGCCAGCAACUAAAACUGCCACGGUCAUUGGAAAUGUAACUAAUGUAGUACAAGAAAACCACAGUAUCGUGGAUGACCAGUUAAACUAUUUAAAAGAUAUAUUAAAUAUUACUGAAGGAAAUGCAACUGCUAAGAGAAGUAUGAAAUACGACGAAUUAGUUGUCGAUAGAAUCGAUUUAAUUGAUAUGUUCAAUAAAAGUAAUGAUUUAGAUAAAGAAAAAAAUUGGCAAAAUGCUCCAGUUCAAGAUAAAAAUGCGUAUGAAAUUCUUACUCAAGAAUCUACAACAGAAACGGUAACGCCAAAGCCCAUUUCAGAAAAAGGACUAGUAAAAGUACUUACAAUGUUAACACGUACUUUUAAAAAAAUAAUGAAGCAACACAAUGCCAUCAAAGUAAUUCAUGAACAAAUGAACACCGAAAACAAAGAAUUUAAAGAGAAAAUGAAAGUAAACACGAAAAAACUUAAUGAUUUCGAUGUGAAAUAUUUGAAUAUCUUGAAAUUAAUUGAGAAAUUAAAUAACUUUCAUGACUGCUUGAAGAACAAGGAACAGAUGUUUAAAAAGAAAGAAGAGACGAUAGCUAAGAACAUGCUGGAUUUUGAGAAUCAGCAAAACAAGUUCUUAUCUCAGCAACAACAGUUUUACAAUAUACAGAAGAUGAUGCUGUUACAAAAUGAAAAGAUUAAUGAAAAACAAAACUCAAUUGCUAAAAUACAGAAUGAAAUAUCACAUAGGCAAAACCAUUUUGCGAAAAUACUUAAAAAGGCUAAACAAAAUAUUCAAAAUGACAAAUAUCUUAAGGUUAAUCCCGAUAUAAUAGGACCCAAGGAAAAUAAAGAAAAAAACACAACUAUAAUGAAUUAUGUACAUCAACAACUUACAACAGAACGUACUACAUCAAUAGAACCAAUUAAAAUAAAUCUAUUAUCUAUGCCAUCCAACAACGUUAUAGAAAACCAAGAUCAAAUGAUACUAAAGGAGAAAGAUGACAAGUCAGUAGACGACUUAAUUUAUAAAUACUACUUCAACAACACAUUCAUCGACACAAUAAUAAAAAACAAAAUACUAGGAGGUAUACACAUGGGAGACAAAACAAGCAUAGCGAGAAGCGCUAAGCUAUCAGCAAAAAGGAAUCAAAAGCAAGACAAAAAUGUUAAACCUAAAACAACAUUGCUAUUUCCAGUUGACAAAAUCAGUUUCAAGCGACAGCGGAGAUGGAUAAACCAUCAUUCGACACGAAAACAUAGAAAACGACACCAUAGCAAAGGACAUCCAGUUCUUAAAGACACAGGUAAACAUGAGACUGUCAAAUCAACAACUACUGAAGCACCGAAGGUUGCUAAAGAAUCAGAUCUGACAGCGAAAGAUCCCUUUCUGAUGAUGGCGACAAGUUUCUGUAAAGAAAUAGGACAACAUAGCACAAAACAGAUAUUGGACUGGUGUGUGGAGAAGGCGAUCAGACGACUGAGCACUUUAGACAGGAAUAUGAUGGCGCCUAAUAUUGUGCCUAAGCUGCCACAACAACAGCCAAGUACGAAAAUGGCCGUUACGGCAACGACACCAAUUGGUACCACAACUACACACAUCACUGAAGCACCCGUCUCCAUGGUAACGGCACCACCAGCGUUAUUUGUCAAGGAUACUCAAAAAUUGGCAACUAAAAUAGGACUUAGUGACAACCAUUUUUUCCCAGAUAACCAGGAAUUGGAACAAAACUUAAAAGCAUUUGAUUUAACUCCUGACACCGCUGGCAACGUUUAUUUCGAUGGAAGUCUACACGCAAGCGACAUACUCGGCGACAAGCAAAGCGAGGGCCUGUCAGAUGUUCUGCCGGGUUAUGACAGCAAUUCGAAAAUCGAACUGGACCCGAGAUUCAUUCGGAUGCAGCUUCAAAAGAAACAUCUUCAAACCAACAUACCUCCUAAAAUAUGGAAGAACUGAGAAACGAAAACCAGCAACCAAUUAAUUGAAAACCAUGUCUCAAAAAACCUGAACAAAAUCCCGA